AUGGCCCCCAGCGAUUCGUCUCUUUCGCAAGAAGCGCAGAAGGCGACGUCCCGCGAGGCUUCCAGGCAGCGGGCAUGCGUCGUAGAACGGCGCUCGCCAGCCAGACGUGUUGUGGGUUGUGGGCUGCGGGGGGUGUAUUGUGCCUUGGCUCAACUUGUACCCACCCUGCUCGUGUGCGUCCUUGGGAAGGCUGUGAGCGGGCAUUCGAUCGAUCAACGAUUCGGGGGUUUUUUUCUACAGCCAAAGAGGAUCAGCGGAGAUGGCGGAGGGCGGGCGGGGGCCCAAUUCGCGCGCGACCAUCAGCGCGGACCUUUGCAGGCCAAGGACGUCGGCGUUUUCCAUUCCCCAAACGGCCAUUGUCGGGCUGUCGGGCGCUUAUUCUUGAUCAUCACGCCAGCUGAGAGAGCUACUAAGCAACAAAUACGCUGUGCAUCGGCACGAGGAUGACGACAUCCUUCGUAUGCGGCGGGCGUAGGUGGGACCGUGACUCGCGGCUCGACGAGUCAAUCAGGGAUCUUCGUGCGGAGGCGCGAAUUUCGGGGGUUUGGUAUGCGAUGGGUUCUAUGAGCGUCACCGUGUGGUGACCUUGCUCAAGGUAAACUCGUGGGAGUCCCUGAUGGGUCAUAGGCACAACUUGCGGGCGACGACCUGCUUCUGACACACUUGUCAUGUCGAUACAUACGUUGUUUUGCGGCACUAGAAGGCGUUCGCUGUAAUAUCAAUGGCUCCAGACUCGCAUC